AUUUAGUCGGGAAAUUUCUGAUUCGCCUCGUGAUGUAAAAGCAGGCGCGCCUCGGUUGGGACUAUUAUGGUAGGUACUGUAUGUAGGUAGCUGUUACCUCGAGACCCAGUAGUUUAGUCAUAUGAACGUCCCAGAUUUCUGAGGCUUGCACUUGUCGCGGUUAUUAUAAGUCUCGCCCAGCACGGAUUGCGCAAUUCUUAAACCAUCGGGUAUAAUUUAAUCGAAUUCGGGCACACCUUUUUUCGUCUUUGUCUUUGUCUCUGUCGCAAUUGCUUACUUCCCGUUUACCCUCGAAAACUCAAUUACUUACCUGGAAAAUAUUCGACUUUAGCGUCAUUCUCUCUCCCGCAUAGACGUUUUUGAAAAUGACUGGGCAUAUGACUUCUACCGGCCGCGGUGGCGCUGGCAACAUCGCCGACUCUACCAAAUCCCCACAGAUCCAGCCAGCCGACCUCGAAACGCCUACUCUGAAGACAUCUGUUGUUACUACUGGCCGAGGAGGUUCGGGUAAUAUGGCACCGAAUAACGAUCCUGUCCAGACUCGAGCACGCCAGGAUGUUGGCCCUAUCGAAAGACGGCCCAGCCAGGGCGCAACUCACGUAGGGCGUGGAGGAGCCGCCAACAUUGUCAGGCCAGGCAGCGAGGAGGCCGAGAUCGCGAGGGACGGUUCGGCUAUCGACGACCAGCCUCAUCGACACAACGGACUGGCUGCCAAGGCCAAGGAGUUCUUCAAGAAGGUUUAGGAUGCUUUGAGAAGAAAAGGGUCGAAGGCGCCGUCCAAAUAAUUAUUCUGCCAUGACUGUUGUGCAUGGGGUUUCAUGCGGAUUCGUUAGAAUAAAAAGGGGGUUAGGUCUGUUUCUGGUCCGAUAUACCAUCGGCAUUGGUGAGCAUGGAGUUAUGGUUUGCAUUUUAGUCGUGAAAGAGGCUACAUACACGCCUAAAAUAAAAGCAGGAUUUGGUUGGCAUGUCAUAGGUUGUCUGCUCGACCGUAGUAGGACCGUGAUUAUACUAUUGAAAAGAGUUGGUGUGUUAAUUGGGGAGGGCUUGGUGGAUUUACCCAAGAUCACCCCCAGGGAGAGAUGUGUGGUAGUCUAUAGCUUGAUUAAUGAACUGAUCUAGAAAACGCACCCACACCCACACGACCCCUUACUACUAUAUUUGAUGGGAAUAGAUGGCCAUGAAAAAGGGUUCAGGGAUGGAAAUUAUAU